AAGUGCGCGGGGUCUUCAACGCGGGGGCGUGUCCCGUGCGUCCGUAGCGCAAGAUGGCACUGCCCUUUGCACGUUCCUGGCGUUUGUGCCGCUGGUCUGCGAAACGAAGGGGGUUUGCCUCUGGGGAAUCCCAAAGAGGCAUCAGUUUCAAACUAGAAGAAAAAACCGCCCACAGCAGUCUGGCACUCUUCAGAGGUGACACAGGUGUCAAAUAUGGCUUGGUGGGAUUGGAGCCUACCAAGGUAGCCCUGAAUGUGGAGCGUUUCCGGGAGUGGGCAGUGGUGCUGGCAGACACAGCGAUCACCAGUGGCAGACACUAUUGGGAAGUGACAGUGAAGCGCUCCCAGCAGUUCCGAAUAGGAGUGGCAGAUGUGGACAUGUCUCGGGAUAGCUGCAUCGGUGUUGAUGAUCGAUCAUGGGUGUUCUCUUGUGCCCAGCGCAAGUGGCACACCAUGUUGGCCAACGAGAAAGCCCCAAUUGAGGGUGUCGGGCAGCCAGAAAAAGUGGGGCUGCUGUUGGAGUAUGAGGCCCAGAAGCUGAGCCUGGUGGAUGUCAGCCAGGUCUCUGUGGUCUGCACGCUACAGACAGAUUUCCGGGGACCAGUGGUGCCUGCUUUUGCUCUUUGGGAUGGAGAGCUGCUGAGUCAUUCAGGGCUUGAGGUGCCAGAGUGUCUUUAGUGUAUGUCCAUUAUUGGGAGUACCUAAUUAUGCUCUUUGCUAGCUUUCUGUUCAAAGUGUCUGAAACUGUUUUAUGUUGCCCCAAGAAGCUCUAGCUCCCACAGUUCAUUGUCAAGACCUGUGCAUUAAGUCAUCUUCUACCUUGUGAAUGCUAGGCAUGCAGUUUCAAACUACUGCCAGUUUCCUGAACAACCAUGGAUAUUAUGUUCCCUGACUUGGCUUCUUUAGUCUCUCUGCCUUCACAUUGCCCAGGCCUUUGUGAGACUAUUCAGUCUUGGAGUCUUGUCUUUCAGUUGUGUUUGAAUUAUGUAUUUGUCACUGUAUUAUCUCGCCUUCCUUUUACUCAUGCGUAACUUGUUUUGGGGACUCUACCAAAUCUCUCCAGAGUAAAUCAUAUCUACCUCUGGCUGUAGGAGUUGUUCAGUGACUUGGCCCUUUCUCUACAGCACCUACAGAGUGUGGGUUCUGGUUCCCUCAGCGCUUUAUUGACUCAGUAGGUCUGAGUGAAAACAGAGUCCUCCAUCCCUAGUACCUCCAUGCAUAGACCCUCAGCCUCACAUAGCUGCAGCAACCUCACCCUGACACCUAGCCAGUCUGUUUUAAUAAUUGUGCCAGUUACAACUGUGACCAAAGGGAAGAGACACUAGAGGGAUAUCUAGGGGAUUAGUGCUAGCAACUGUCUUUCUGAGAAGUUCCAUCUUAAUUUCUGCCACAGUUGAAACUUCAGAGGGAGGAGGAAAGCCUGAGGUUUUGCAACAUCCAUUUUUGGGUCUGUUCAGAUCCAAACCCCUUUUUCCUUUGGCAACAGAAUACACUUAACCUGAAGCAUUAUUUAGGGGUGAGGAAAACCUUGUGGGGUAAGUGAAUAUGUGCAUGAAAUAUGUAUUGUUUGGGCUGCUGUCUGAUGCUAUGGUUCUGUUUUAUUCUACCUUCUAUGAUGGUGAUGAAGGUGGAGAUCCCUAGGGGAGAAAGAAAAUGAAUUUAGCCACAUAAUAAUUUGUGUAAUUAAAGUUUAUUUGAGCACAGAA